GCGCGCCCGCCGCGCCGCGCGCCGCCGCCUGGCGCGCGACACAGGAACGUACUCCUGCGGCCGCCGUCUAUAAAACGUUAGUGGCCACUAGCGCCGCUCCGAUUGAACCGUGUUGUGCGUUGUGCAAGUCGAAUCAUGAUCUUGCUAAAUGCAUUGAAUAUCGGAACAAGACUCCUCACGAGCGUUUUUCUGUUGUCAAGGACAAUCGGCUCUGCGUCAACUGCUUACGCUCGGGACACGUAGUCAAAACUUGCCCAUCGAAAUCUCGUUGUUUGAAAUGUAACGUCGCCCACCACACUACUAUUCAUUUCGAUGUCGAUGGUGGUAAGCCCAAGGUCAGUGUCGGCUCCUCGGCCGCCACUAGCCCUGGCGCCGCGACUUGCUCGUCGUCUUCGCUUCUCGAUACCCCGACGCAGGUGCCUGAUAAACAGGUGACCAUGAUUGCGUCUGGUUCAGCACCUGUGGGUCAAAUUUCGCUUUUUGCCACAGCAUACGUGGAGGUACUCGAUAAUUUCGGUAGUUAUCAAAAAAUUCGUCUUGUCAUAGACAAUUGCAGUCAGCCCAAUCUCAUCACGCGACGUUGCGCCCAGCGACUUGGACUUCCGAUUCGACAUAAAUAUUCCUCGAUCGAGGGUGUAUGUGAGGUGUCAACAUUGUCGACCUCCUAUACCACUCUUAAUAUUCGCAGCAUGAAGUCUGACUUCGAAAUGUGCAUCGAAGCCAUUGUCGCACCCAAAAUCUGCAGCGAUCAGCCUGCAGUAAAAAUUGACAUCGACCGUUUGCCAUGCGUCAACGCAUUCGAUCUCGCCGACUCUAACUUUGACAAACCUGGGGGUAUCGACAUUUUAGUGGGAGUAGAUGUUUUUUGUAAAAUCUUCAUGGGUAACCGCCACGAAUGUGAUAACGGACCCACAAUCUUUGAGACCAAACUUGGUUGGGUAGUCAUGGGAAGCGCUCCUUCCGCCACUCCCCAUUCGCAAACUUCGUUGUUUUGCUCAAUCGAAUCGCUCGAUUCCCAAAUUCGAAAAUUUUGGGAGAUAGAAAGUCUUCCGAAGGCUUCGCCUUUAACUGACGAUGAAGUCAUGUGCGAGAAAAUAUUCACCUCGACUCAUACACGUGACCCUAACGGACGAUAUAUCGUAAACUUACCGUUCCGAAACGUCGAUCCGCAUUUUGGUGAGUCGCGCGCUCUUGCCGAGCGCCGCCUAAACUCUCUCGAAAAGAGACUCUCUCGUGAACCAGAACUUCGGACAGAAUACAAUAACUUUAUGCGUGAUUAUCUCGAUGCUGGACAUAUGGACCCGGUCGCACCUCGAUCGGAUGGCCGAGCUUACCACUUGGCACAUUUCUGCGUGCUUAAGCCCAGUAGCUCCACUACCAAAUUGCGGGUAGUUUUCGACGCUACUGCUCAGCCUGCUGGAGGUCCCUCGUUGAAUGAUCAGUUGCUGGUUGGAUCGAAACUGCAAUCUGAUCUCGUUUCGAUAUUACUUCGUUUUCGUUUGCAUGCGGUUGUCUUCACAGCCGACAUACGUCAAAUGUAUCGACAAAUCUUAGUCUCUCUUAGUGAUCGAGACUUUCAACGCAUUUUGUUCAGGUUCUCACUCGACGAACCUAUACAAGAAUUUCGCUUAAAUACCGUGACAUACGGUAUGUCUUCAUCUAGCUUUCUCGCAAUUCGUGCAUUGAUCCAAUUAGCCAUCGACGAAGGCAAAGAAUAUCCUCGUGCAGCUGAAGUCCUUAAACGGGACAUUUACGUCGACGACGUAGUGACAGGCGCUGAAUCUGUCGAAUCAGCGCUCGACCUUCAGUCUCAGGUCAUAAAGAUCUUAGAGAGGGGAUGUUUUGAACUCCGUAAGUGGUCGAGUAACUGUCCCCGUCUGCUCGAGAGUCUCGACCCAGCCCAUUGUCAUAAUAAGACGCUCUCUUUCGAUUCGGAACCGACAUCUCCCGUUAAGGUGCUCGGUAUGGAGUGGAACCCGUCCACAGACGCGUUCACCUUCACUGUCAAUCCGCUUCAUGAAAAGUGCACCAAAAGAAACAUUCUUUCAGAAUUGGCGCGCAUAUUUGACCCUCUUGGGUUUCUUACACCCUUGACACUCUCGUUUAAACGCAUAAUACAAGAUCUUUGGACUCUUGGUCUGGAUUGGGACGUGGUAGCACCCCCCAACAUCAACCAAAGCUGGCUUCGUUAUCGUACAGAUCUCGAGUUAUUGUCGUCUCUCGAGAUACCUCGAUUCAUCCUAUCGACGAAGUCCUGCAGUGUUCAACUGCAUGGCUUCUGUGACGCUUCUGAAGCAGGAUAUUCAGCGGUCAUUUACUUUCGCAUCGAGCACGGUGAUGGUAGCAUCACCACCCAUUUGAUAAUGUCACGCUGCAAAGUCUCGCCUUUGAAACGCACCUCUAUUCCUCGACUGGAACUUUGCGCUGCAGUUUUGCUGACAGACCUCGUUGUACACGUAAAGGAGAUCUACGACAGAGACAUCAAAUUUGAAGACGUAUUCUGUUGGUCAGAUUCUACCGUAACCCUCUCUUGGUUACGCUCGCCAUCGCAUCGUUGGAAGACUUACACAUUCAAGUCUGAAUAA